AUGGGUACUGGGAAGCAGCAAACUGGUAAGCUUCAGGGCGGCCCCCCUGGUGUCCCGUCCAAGGCCGAAGGCGCCAGCAGCAGCAAUGCAUCUGCAGCAGCAGCAGCAGCAGCAGCAGCAGAAGGUGCUGCAGCAGUAAUGAUGGCAGCAAAGGAGAGCGAGAGGGAUGGUGCAGCAGCAGCAGCAGCAACUGCUAAUGCAGCUGCAGCAGCAGAAGUCGAAACUGAUGGCGCAGCAGCACAAGCAGCAGCAGCAGCAGCAGCAGUGGAAACUAAUGGUGCAGCAGCAGCACCAGAAAUGACAGAAGUCGAUGGUGCAGCAGCAGCAGCAGCAGCAAAAGAAGCCGAUGCAGCAGAAGAAGUGUCAAAAAAAGAAGGUGCCACAGCAGCGGCAGCAGCAGCAGAAGAUAGUGCAGCAAAAAAAGAUGAAUCUGAAGACAGCGAGAUGUCAGCAGCAGCAUACAAAAUUGCAGCAGCUGCAGCAGCAGCAACAGCAGCAGCUGAUAAAAGUGCAGCGGCACCAGAAGCAGCAAAAAGGAUCGUAGUAGUAGCAGCAGCAAAAGAACGUGCAGCAGCAGCAGCAGCAAAUGAGAGUUCAGCAGCAGCCGCAGAGAGAGAUGGCGCAGCAGCAGAAAACUUAGCUGCAGCAAACGGCAAGGCCACUACUGCAGCGUCAAAAGGCUCUAGUGCAGCAGCAGCAGCAGCAGCAGCAGCAGCAGCAGAUAGCAGCUCGUCCUCAGAUGAUAGUGCUGCAACAACAGAUGAAAGCUCUUCAGAAGAAGACACAACAACAACAACUGAAGACAGCACAUCUUCAGAAGAUAGUGCAGCAGCAGCAGCAGCAGAGUUCAGUACAGCAGCAGCAAAAAUUGCUCCAGCAGCAGCAGAUAGUAAUGCAUGGGAAGAGAUACUGUUUCGUGCAGCAACACAGCAGAAACCAGCAGCAGCAGCGCAGGAUAAAGCAGCAGCAGCAGCACGAGACAAUGCAAGAGCAGCAGCACAAGACAAAGCAGCAGCAGCAGUAGCUGCAGCAGAAGAUAAUGCAGCAGCCACAGAAGGCACAACAGCAUCAUUAGAAGAAGGUGAUGCAGCAGCAGCAGCAGCAGAAAACAGGAAAGCAGCAGCAGAGUCGGAAGGCAGCACAGCAGCAGCUGCUGUUGCUGCUGCCGCUGCUGCAGAAGAUCGUGCAGCAGCAGCCGAAAACAGUGCAGCAGCAGAAGACAGUGCAGCAGCCGACGAUGGUGCAGCAGCAGAAGACAGUGCAGCAGCAGCAGAAGACAGUGCAGCAGCAGAGGACAGUGCAGCAGCAGCUUCUGAAGAUAGUGCAGCAGCAGCUUCUGAAGACAGUGCAGCAGCAGCAGAUGACAGCGAGGACAGCGCGUCGCUGCAGGCUGAGAUAGAUGAGGCUUUUAGUGCAGCAGCAGCAGCAGCAGCAGAAGCAGCAGCAGCAGCAGAUGUAGAGCCCACUGUGGCUUCUGCUGCAGCAGCAGCAUGGGAUCUUAAGAGGACAGCUGCUGCUGCUAGGCGCGCAGAAGAGGCCGUAAAAGCAGCAAGAGUUGCUGCAGCAGCAGCAAGGGGCAUCUCGC